GUGAACACUCCAUCUCUACCCCACAACAUUAACAAUGUCUGAUAAUCCAUCGUUCAUUCUCCAGGCUGUUGAGAAGGUUACCUUCGAAGAACGUCCCAUCCCUGAGAUUGGAGACGAUGAAGUCUUGGUCGAGGUGAAGAAGACAGGAAUCUGUGGCUCCGAUGUGCAUUAUCUUGUCCAUGGCCGCAUUGGCGACUUCAUUGUUGACAAUCCUAUGGUUCUGGGUCAUGAGUCAUCUGGUGUCAUCAACAAAGUGGGAUCGAAGGUGAAGUCCCUCAAAAAGGGGGAUAGGGUCGCUAUGGAGCCUGGAGCCUCGUGUCGGUCAUGCGAAGAUUGCAAACGUGGAAAGUACCAUCUCUGUGAAGAAAUGAAAUUCGCGGCCACCCCACCCUACGACGGCACUCUUGCACGCUACUACCGACUCCCGGCCGAUCUCUGCUAUGCACUUCCCGACAAUAUGACUUUGGAGGACGGCGCAAUGAUGGAGCCCUUAUCGGUCGCGGUCCAUUCGGUUUCAACGUUGGCUGACUUCAAGCCUAACCAAUCCAUCGCCGUCUUUGGCUGCGGCCCAGUCGGAAUUCUCUGCAUGGCAGUGGCCAAGGCAUUUGGUGCUCGUCGUAUUGUUGCUGUGGACAUCGUACAAAGCCGCCUCGACUUCGCAAAGUCGUACGCUGCAACGGAUGUCUACCUGCCGCCUGCCCCAGAGCCAGGGGAAUCAAAGAUGGUGUACUCAAAGAGGAACGCCGCCCUGAUGAAGGAGAAGCUUGGGAUCACUGAACGAGGGGCAAAGUCUAUCGACCUGGUCAUCGAUGCCAGUGGAGCCGAGGUCUCCAUUCAAACCGGCUUCUGCAUUGGCAAGACCGGAGGCACAUUUGUACAGGUUGGAAUGGGCGCCUCUGACAUCCAGAUUCCCGUUUCGAUGCUCAUGGCCAAGGAGAUGACUUACAAGGGCUCGUUCCGUUAUGGGCCCGGAGACUACAAAUUGGCCAUCGCGCUCGCCGCCCAGGGAAAACUCGACCUCAAGCCUCUGGUCACCCAUAGAUUCCCUUUCAAGGACGCCGUUGCUGCCUUCCAGGCUACGAGGAAUGGAAAAACAGGAGACGGAAAGAUGUUGAUCAAAGCGAUCAUAUCAGGCCCCGAUGUCCCUGUUGAUGCCGUCUAAGGAAGUAAAAAAAAUGGUGGGAAGUUUGGAUACGGGGUGAAGAAUGAAAUCGUCUGACGAAGUAGUCUCUCGAUGUAUUACUACUUGUCCUCGGAUGUUGUGCUAUUUGCUUGUCGCGGACAGCGUACUCUGGAUAUUCUCAAACCACAUUCUAUCUCUUUUCUCC